AGCCAUACCACAACAGCCCACUCUAGUCGCCCUUGCUUUGACGCAUCUGCACACUCCCUGGGCUCGCUGAUACCCAUUGACUCGAUAUGUCGCUGCUGGACUCGCGCGCCUUGACUCCAGACUCCCAGCUCACUAGCAGCUUGCAUCGUGCAACUACUACGAUCGACGAGCUCACGCACGCGUUGACCAGUGUAUCCCGUGUCUCCUCGCCGGACCCGGACAAUGUAGCCACGUGCUGUUGCGGACGGGAGGACUGUGAGACGAGCAAGUCAUGGGCGGCGUUCAAGACGAAGCUGGAGAGUAGGCUUGUCCUCAGUGCCGAGGUUGGACGAGCUUUGUUGGAGCGCCAUGAAGCGUUGGUCCGCAGGCAGGAACGAAAGCUUCCCUCAGAGUCUGACGACGAUGAAGACGAUACUAUAUCAUUUCAUUCCUCGGUUGAUGUCCGGGUGGCAGAACUUGUCAAGCAGAAUGCUCUCUUGGAGAAGCGUCUCACACAGGCACUCAUGCACACAGAAAUGGGCGAGACGUCUAAGAAAACUCUUCUACAGGAGCUUGAGGAGGCGAGGACAGAUGUGGCACGAUUGAGCUCCCAGAAUGCUCGGGCAGUUGGGCUUGAGAAUCGUUUGGCUGUGGCCUUGCAAGAGAAGGACGAUCUCAAGCAGGAGCUCGAUAGCGCGACUCAACGCACAAGGAUGACGGAGUCGCGAAUCAUCUCAUAUAGAGAGAAAUGCGCCAAGCUGCAGGCUCAGGUCUUGAGACUGAGAGAAGAUCUUGAUGUUCAAAGAACGCAUAGGCAAGAGCUAUCGCAGGAGAUAUUGUCCGAUGCCAAGCAACGGCUUGAGCAGUUGCAAUACCACCAAUUGGGUCAUUCGGCUGACGUCCACGACGCGGAGGUCACCAAAGUGCUUGAAUCCCUCGUUGCCGAUAAUGAAGCAUUGAAGCGUGACAACGCUGAGCUGCAGAACCUCCUGGGAGCAGAACGGGAAGAACUCCAUUCAUUACAAGAGGAGCUGGAGGAACGACGUGCUAGCGACACUCCGUUCAGGCGUGGCCAUCGCUUCACGCACAGCGGGAACUCAUUCACGUUCCACGACACUUUCUCACCAUUGUCGCCCACGUUCCCGAUCGGUACUGCCCCCACUGCUUCCUUGCUACGGUCAAGGCUUCAGAGCGAGAACGCAACCAGCCAGCGGCGGUCCCUAAGCGCUGAACGCAGCAGAGAACUCUCGAUUAGACGUCCAUUCGAACCAUUGACACCUGAAACUGAGCGCCGGCCGUUAUCCCCCGAUUCUCACAUUCACGCUGGUUCGAAGUGGACAUCGUUCGCUAACCCCCGGGCGACCUACGCGCACUCACACAUCAGCUUCGACGAUCGAGAGGGUAAUACUGUGUCUCCUGAACGACCUCGCGCUCAGAAACCACUGCUCCUCUUGACUCGUGAUCGUGGUGUGCAGACCGACCUCACUUGGAACACCACCAGUGCUCUUUCACCCUCCCCCAUCCCGCGUGCUUUCGGGGACCACGUAUCCUCGCACGACGGCCAAUCAGAGUCAUCUUCCCUCACCGACAACGUUCACUCCUCCGCGGUUGGUGUGAUUGUCGAGCGCGCAACGACCCUGCUAAACCGUAUGGCGCAAGCCGACGCCCUUACCCUUACCAACCGCCUCAAACGGCAACACCUCCUGGGCGCAGACGUUGGGCAUCUGUCCCGUACCACUGUCACUGCGAUACUCAACGAUGCGACCGCGCUGCGCACCCACUUCCGUGCAUUUCUAGAGGACGAGAAGAUGACCACGACCUGUACGCGCCGGGAUCUUCGUGGGUUGCUGAAGCUCGUCAAGGACGUGUUCACCGAGCUCGGCGAGUUGCGUGUCACCCUGAACGCUGUCAUCCUAGACCCGACCGUGGCUGGAAAGGUCAGCGAGAUGGCAAUGCAUCCCUCGAAAGCGCAGGCCACGGAUUCCGCUGCUAAAGACGGCGCGACAGGAGCGAACGGACACUCGUGGAUGGCCCCCCUCUCCAAGCUGCUCGGGCUACCAGGCGGCGGCGCUAGUCCAUCAGAGUCAGCUGCAUCCAGCGCCCUCUCGCCAACCGCUCGGAACCUCGGCCGCGGUCGCCCCCCACCCCGUAUCGCGCCCAAGCUGCAGCCUGCCCUUUCGGCGUCCGCAAUGACCGUCAACGUUGAGUUCAGCGGCGCAGCCGUGGGUCGUGCAGUUACCAGCACGUACUCGGCACAUCCUGGGCGAGUGAGCAAUUUCGGCUCCCUCGCCACGCCUGGCAGCAGUACGAGUGCGACUUCGCCCCCGAUCGCUCAGCCGACACCUAGGCAGGACCUGUCGAGGAGCGUCAUGGGUAUCUUCGCAGGGGCGCCACGACCAGCUGAGGGCGAUCCGUGGAUCGUGAUCCCUCGGCCGCCCAGCUCGAGCAGGAAGCUUAGCGGGACGACAAGCACCAUGGGUUUGAACAAAGCCUCCGCGACGAUAGGCCGUGCGUCUCUUCGGGGCGCCACUCACGGGAAGCGUCUGUCGCGCAUUGUAGACGCGGUGAUUGACUCGCCCCAGCCUGGGGGUGGCGAGACCUCGGAUCAGGGGUCGGACGAGAACAACGGACCUCCCCCAGCGCUCGAGCGCGCGUUGAGGCGCGGUCUGUCGGAUUCGUCUAUCCGUACGACGUUCACGCAGCAUGGGGAGGAUCCACAACCCGACAACCACGCGGGCUCUGCGCAGCCAGCAGACCGUGAGUCUGUCCUGCAGGCGCUCUCGCGGAAGAUGCAGGCGUUCCGUUUCAUGUCUGCGACACCAGCGAUUGCGGAGGCGACCGUAAGUACGGCUUCGGGCGAGACGUCGAUAUCACGGCCGCAGACACCUGUCUCACGGAAGAACACGAAGGCGAGCGAGCAGGCGAACACCCCUAAGAGCUCGCCCCCGAGGCCGAUACCCAAAGCUCACGGCCAGAGCGAGCAACUGACCACGUCCCUUUUUGACAUCUCGUCGUGGACAGCUGGGUAUCCUGAUGUGCGGGACAACGACCCGACUAUACCGACGCCGUAUUAUGCGAGCAGUCCACGCGAUGAGGUCUACAUGGAGCGGAGCUGGAGGCGCGAGCGGGACAUCUAGUUGCCCAGCGUCUUAGACUGGCGUCUUCUAUUAUGUGGACUUUUGAGGUAUUCUAUAUGGUAGACUGAAGAAGCUUGGAUAGAGCGUGCUGUAUAUUCUGAUGAUGUAUAUUAUCGAUGUUUGGGAUACCUUAGACAACGUGCUAAUGCUAUACCAUCACGGU